AUGUGGCCCCUGGCGUGGGUCCUCACCUUGCUGACCCUGGGUUUGACAGGAGGCAUUUGUCAGGAACACCCCAAGAUCAUCGCCAACUCCACCAGCCCCACUGGAGUACACCUGCCUGGGGGGUAUACCUGCAAACCCCACUCUCAGCCCUGGCAAGUGGCCUUGCAGGUCCAUGGGCGGCUGCUCUGUGGGGGGGUCCUGGUGCACCCCAAGUGGGUCCUCACAGCGGCCCACUGCCUGAAGGAAUACUACCAAGUGUACCUGGGCAAACAUGCCCUGAGCCGCGUGGAGGAGGGCGAGCAGGUGUUGGAGGUGGCCCGCUCGGUACCGCACCCCCAGUACCGGGCCAGCCCCACCCACAUGGACCACGACCACGAUAUCAUGCUCCUGGAGCUGAAGACCCCGGCCCAGCUCAGCGACCAUGUGAAGGUGCUGCCCCUGUCCCGCCAGGACUGCCUGCCCACGGGCACUGCCUGCAUUGUGUCCGGCUGGGGCACCACCACCAGCCCCCAGGUGAGUUACCCCCAGGCCUUGCAGUGUGUCAACAUCGAGAUCCGUUCGGACGAAGAGUGUCGCCAAGUCUAUCCGGGAAAAAUCACCCUCAACAUGUUGUGUGCUGGCACCCAGGAGGGUGGCAAGGACUCCUGUGAGGGGGACUCCGGAGGACCCCUGCUCUGCAACGGGACCCUCCACGGCAUCAUCUCCUGGGGCGACUUCCCAUGCGGCCAACCCAACCGUCCUGGCGUCUACACCCGUGUUCCCCGCUACAUUUCCUGGAUCCGACAAGUUAUCCGCAAGCACACAGUCCCGAACAGGAAAGGGGUGAAGGGCCUGAAAUAA